AAGCUGAACACAGCCUGAGCAAAUUAUGUUUAUAAAGGGCUAGAAAGAUCUGGUUGGUGCUCACGAACUUGGAGAGGAAUCUGACGGUUGCCAGGAUGAAGAACCUCUUUCUUUUCCUCGCGCUGCUGCUUCUGCACUCAGCCUGCUCAGCCCACGAGAACGUGGCCCUGCGCGGAAAAGCAACCCUGUCAAACCGUGCGUUGGACAGCACUGCAGCGGCCAACAAUGCCAUUGAUGGAAACCGUAACUCUAACUUCUAUGCUGGAUCAUGCGCCUCCUCCAUUCUACAGACUGCACCCUGGUGGAAGGUGGACCUGCUGGAGUCCUACACCAUCUCCCAGAUCGUCAUCGUCAACAGAGGAGACUGCUGUGGAGAGAGAAUCAACGACCUGGAGGUCUAUGUAGACCGACAAAAGGUUGCUACUAUUAUCGCAAUGAAUGCUGGUGAGAUUUUUAUUUACAAUUUUAAUACAACUGUAGACGGACGUGAGGUGACGUUAAUGCUGCCUGGUGACAACCGGCUACUCACAGUCUGUGAAGUGGAAGUCUACGGGCACCCUACAGUAACCAGACAGAACGUGGCACUCAAAGGAAAAGCCAGCCAGUCAUCACUCUUUGAUUACAGAAGCAUUGCAUCCAACGCCAUUGAUGGGAAUCCUGACAGCACAUGGGAAAGCGGAGCCUGCUCUUGCACCACAGACAUGAUGGACCCCUGGUGGAAACUGGAUCUGUUAGAAACCCACAAAGUGUUUUCUGUAAAUGUAACGAACCGCGGUGACGGGGCCUUCAGGCAACUGAAUGGAGCUGUGAUUCAUGUCGGAGAUUCCCCCGACAACAUGGGAGUAAACAACCCAAGGUGUGCUCACAUUUCAAGCAUCCCGGCUGGUGAAACUGCUGAGUUCCAGUGUGGCAGUGGGAUGGAUGGUCGGUACGUCACCAUCAACAUCCCUGGGGAAACGAGAAUCCUGAGCAUGUGUGAGGUGGAGGUUUUUGGUUAUGUCCUGAAUUAGGAUCAUCAUAACUUAGCCAUCACUGAUGUAUGUACUCAUAUGAGUCUGACACAUAAAUGAGGCUUAAUAAUAAACCAAUUAAAAUCUUUGCAGCAUGAUAAAACCA